CACCCACAAUGAAAGAGUACUGGACUUCAUUUGCUUCGUUACUUGGGGUCCUGGCCUUUUGCCAGAGCCUCCUCCAGCUCAUUUUCCCACCAGAACUUCGCUUUGCCUCUCUCAAGUUCUUCAACCGUCUCUUCAGUCUAUUCUCUUCCUACUGUUACUUUGAUAUCACGGAGAUCGACGGCGUCAACACCAACGAGCUCUAUAACGCCGUCCAACUCUAUCUAAGUUCCUCUGAUUCCAUCAACGGUAGCCGCUUGAGCCUCACCCGUGCGCUCAAUUCAAGCUCCAUUACAUUCGGUCUCUCCAACAAUGACUGUUUCGUGGACACGUUCGAUGGCGUCAGUGUGCUUUGGGAACACGUUGUGACUCAAAGGCAAACCCAGACCUUCUCCUGGAGACCAAUGCCCGAGGAGAAGAGAGGGUUCACACUGCGGAUCAGGAAGAGAGACAAGUCCUUGAUUCUUGAUUCCUACCUGGAUUACAUAAUGGAAAAGGCCAAUGAAAUCCGUAGGAAGAAUCAAGACAGACUGCUAUACACCAAUUCUCGAGGUGGGUCUUUGGAUUCCAGGGGACAUCCUUGGGAGUCGGUUCCAUUUAAGCAUCCAAGCACCUUUGACACAUUGGCUAUGGAUCCCCUGAAGAAGCAAGAGAUCAUGAACGAUCUCAUGGAUUUCGCCAAUGAUCAAUCCUUUUAUCAGAAGACCGGCAGAGCCUGGAAAAGGGGUUACUUGCUGUAUGGUCCUCCAGGGACGGGGAAAUCCAGCAUGAUUGCAGCCAUGGCUAAUUACUUAAGUUACGAUAUUUAUGACCUUGAAUUGACCGAGGUCCAUAACAAUUCUGAGCUUAGGAAGCUGUUGAUGAAAACAAGUUCCAAGUCAAUUGUCGUGAUUGAAGAUAUUGAUUGUUCAAUUAAUUUGACUAACAGGAAGAAGAAUAGCAGUAGUACAGGCACCAGGAAUUACUAUGACCCUGAAAUGAGAUGUGGGUCGGGUUCGGGUCCUGGUGAAGACGGAGGUAAUUCCAUCACCCUUUCGGGUCUGUUGAAUUUCACCGAUGGGUUAUGGUCUUGUUGCGGGAGUGAAAGGAUUUUUGUAUUCACAACGAACCACAUUGAGAAGCUUGACCCUGCAUUGCUCCGAUGUGGGAGGAUGGAUAUGCAUAUUUUCAUGAGCUAUUGCUCGUACCCUGCAUUGAUGAUAUUGUUGAAGAAUUAUCUGGGGUUCGAUGAAAAUAAUUUGGAUGCUGAAUUUUUGAAGGAACUUGCUGAAAUAGUCAACAAGGUAGAGAUGACCCCAGCUGAUAUUAGCGAAGUGUUAAUCAAGAACCGGUGUUCCAAGCAAAAAGCCGUGAGUGAGUUGCUGGGGGCAUUGAAGACAAGGGCAGCGAGGAACUUGACAAGUGGGAAUUUGAGGGUGAAAAAUUCGGAAGAUAUUAUGGAAGAUGAAGAGCAGGAGAAGAGGGCCUUGGAGAGUCCUCCAAAUGAAGGGUCCGAAUUUGAAGAAACUUGCCCAAGACAAGAGGAUCAGGAUGAAGAGAAGAUGAAAUGAUGGUAGAAUUGAAGGUUGCUUUGCUUCUUCUUUUCUUAAUUAUUCAGAAAGUUUAGAGGUGUAAAAAUGCAAAUUGGUGUUUGAAGUUUGGACUAACCAAGAUCUUUCAAAUUUUGUUGGUGGAAUGGAUGGUAAACUUUUAGGACGAGGAGAAAAAAUA